CUGUGACUUGAUUCAUUCAGUCAGGGGUUCUUUCAUCUCCAUGUCCAUCCGGUAGGUAGUAAUUGGUUCACCGAAAGCCUUUGGAUAGCUUCAACAGUGAGAUAUAACCGGGAUUUAUUGCGCAUCUCGUAAUGAGUGCGUUACAGAGACUGGAUCGGCACUAAAAAAAAAAAAAUCCGCGUUACGCACGAGUUAAAGCCAUCUCCGUUACGCGUGAUUUAAACCUCUGCAGGAUGAAGGUUACCUUUGGCUCUCUGGUGAUUACAGCCGGCAUCUGCGGACUUCUAAGCUUUGCCUUUUUGGCCACUUCCCUCGGAACCGAGUACUGGUUCAUCAUAGAGAUGAAUCCUAUGAAUAUGAGCGACUCUGAGGACAUGAGCUCCCACUCGGGACUGUGGAGCAUCAGCGAUGGUGGGAAGAUGAACCCAGACCCUAUUGACUCGUACCCAGGGGACUACUCCAGGUACUCGGAGACUGAGCAGAGCAUGCACAGUGCCAUAAUAGUGGUACUUCCAUUCAGUCUGGUCCUGUUGGUGUUUGGUGGCAUCUGUGGGUUGGUCAGCUCUCUGGCUCGGAGCCCCCUCCUCCUCACCAGCACAGCCUCCUACUUCUUCAUCUGCAGUCUGCUGACACUGUGUGGUGUGAGCCUCUACAUCCUCUACUCGCACCAUGCCCUGGCUGAGACGGAGAGGCUGGCGGGGCCCGAGGGUCUGGCCUAUAUUCAGACCUCCUUCGGCUGGUCUCUGGGUCUGGCCUGCCUGUCCUACGGCUUGGAGGUCCUCACUGGCAUACUCCUGCUUGUGGCUGCGCGAAAGGUCAAGCUGCAGCACAGCAGUCCCACCAUGGCUUGACACAAGCCUCCACAGUGGAUCCGACACAUUCAGGGUGGAGGACUGAAGCGGACUGGCGUGUGGUUCUGCCUAGAACAAAGUAAUAAACAGUAUCUGGACAGUAUUAAGACUUUCACAAUAUCCAAAAGUUGGCUGAAGAUGUUUUGGACUGUUUUAUGUGUUUUGUAAGUUUAAAAUCAGCCUCAGGGUUAAUACACAGUAAGUGAAGUGAUGGACUACUCUGAGCUAAAUUUGACAAAUUGCGCCCCCUUGUGGUCAGAAUUGAAGUGGCUCUCACAUGGACUAUCAGUGAAUUUUGACAUGCUGUAUAAAUGUAUUCUGUGCCAAACUAAACUGACAUACUUUAAAUCUAUUGAUACUCUUUCAUUCAUUCAUAUUGUGUAUACUCUUAAUCAUGGCAAUGAAUUAAAUUCAUGCUAUAUUUGAUUGUUUCUCAAUGUUUACAGCGUCAGAGCACCAUAGGUCAAACCUAAAAGUGUAUAUGUAUAUAAUGUUAGUUACAUGUUUUUCUGUUGAAAAUGUGUUAUAAAUAUUUGUUCUCUGUGACUGCAGGAAAAAAAUAUUAAACUACUGCAGCCAUUUAAUGUCUUUGAGCCUAUUGAUGUUACAAUUCAGUGUUCUUUCAGGACUGUGGGUGCAUGAUACACCAAAGUGUGUAUCAUGAUGUAUUUUUUUCUUGGUUAUCUGUGACUUUUUUUUUAUUUUUGAUAAUGAAUCUGAUCUAAUAUCUCAAUUUUCGGUUGUACUUUCUUCUGCAAGUUUGUCGUUGAUUUACUUAAAUUAGGUUCACAGUGAAAAGAGAAAGAGACAGAGAAGCCCUCACCUACUUUGUUGCUCUUAAAGAAGAAGAUAAACAGAAAAUGCAUUUCCUGCUGAAAAUGUGCUGAAAGUGCUGAAAGCUAAAAAGCUCACAGUAAACUGCAAUACUGGCCUAAAUGUGUGUGAAAAUAAAGUUAAGUUGAAGAAAUAGUUGGAAAGAUUUGAAUGGGUCUUGUUAGUAAGACUGCUAUUAAAAAGUUGAAUAAUACCAAUAAUUGAAUAUGUGUAAUAUGUGUGUACACUAUAUAUAAUAUGUGUGCACAGAAUGUAUUGUAUGUGUAGAAUGUGUGUACAGUAUGUAUAACACGUCUGUAGUAUGUGUAUACACUGUGUAUAGUAUGUGUUUACUUUGUGUAGAGUGUAUGGUGUAUAUAUUAUGUGUAUACAGAAUGUAUAGUGUGUUUAGGAACUACCAUUGUAUGGUAUAUCAAAAAAUUUCAAAACACCAUACUGACGUCAAAAAAACGCUUUAGAAUAGCACG